AUGGAGACCGGCAGCACCUUCCAACAGCUUGGCAAGCAGCAGCCCCUUGAGCCCCCCGGGCAGCAGCCCCUGGGCUGUGGCAAGUGCAGCUCCACAGGCAGCGAUCAUGGCAAAGACCUCAGGAAAGCUGCUGGGUGCAGUGGAGGCAGUGGGAUCGGGAAGGGACCAGUACCGCUGGUCUGCAGCACUGUGUGUGGGAACCCCUAUGCUGGGCUGGUGAGCCACCUGAGGGCAUCCUGGCUCUCCGGGAAGACACGGCCCCUGGAAUACCGCAUGACCCAGCUGGAGGCCCUGGGACGCUUCCUGGAUGAGAAGAAGCAGGAGAUCCUGGAGGCCACUGAUUUAGACAUGGGCAAGCCGUCCUUUGAGGCUUACUUCACCGAGGUCCUCCUCUGCAAGAACGAGCUCAACGUCACCCUCAACAACCUGUGCCACUGGAUGAAGGACGAGCACGUGGACAAGAAUCUGGUGACGCAGCUGGACUCUGCCUUCAUCCGCAAGGAUCCGUAUGGGGUGGUGCUCAUCAUAGCGCCCUGGAACUACCCCAUCCACCUCUUCCUAGUGCCCCUCAUCGGGGCCAUCGCUGCUGGGAACUGUGUCAUCAUCAAACCCUCAGAGAUAUCCAAGAACACCGAGAGACUCGUUUCUGAAAUGCUGAGCUGUUACCUGGACAACGACUGCUUUGCUGUGGUGACUGGGGGUGUGCAGGAGACCACCAGGCUACUGGAGAACAAGUUUGACUACAUCUUCUUCACUGGCAGCCCCUCAGUGGGGCGGAUUGUGAUGACGGCGGCUGCCAAGCACCUGACGCCGGUGACGCUGGAGCUGGGGGGCAAGAACCCCUGCUACGUGUCCGACACCUGCGACGUGACCAACGUGGCUCGGCGCGUGCUGCAGCCUGGAGAUGCAGGAGAAGCUCAUGCCCGCCCUGCGCGAGGCCAUCGUGGAGUUUUUCGGCCCCAACCCCAAGAAUCCCCGGAUUUUGGGCGCAUUGUGGGGGACAAGCAGUUCCAGCGGGUGCGGAAGCUGCUGUGCAGCGGGCGCGUGGCCAUCGGGGGACAGACGGACGAGGCUGAGCGCUACAUCGCUCCCACGAUCCUGGCAGAUGUGCAGCCCUCGGACCCUGCCAUGCAGGAGGAGAUCUUCGGGCCCAUCCUGCCCAUCGUCGUCGUGGCCAACAUGGACGAAGCCAUCGACUUCAUCAACGCGCGGCCGCGGCCGUUGGCCAUCUACGCCUUCUCCUGUGACAGCAAGGUGGUGAACCAGGUCCUGGAGCGGACGAGCAGUGGCGGCUUCUGCGGCAAUGACACCCUGAUGCACGUGACGCUGACCUCGCUGCCCUUCGGAGGGAUUGGGAACAGCGGCCUGGGAAAGUACCACGGGAAGUUCACCUUCGACACCUUCUCCCACCACCGGGGCUGCCUGCACCGGAACAUGGGGCUGGAGGCCCUCAAUGCCCCGCGCUACCCGCCCUACACCCAGCAGAAACUGGGGCUCCUCACGGCCACCUUCGAGGUCAAGCGCAGGGGCACCUGCACCCUGCUCUGAGGGUCCCACGUCCUGCUCCGAGGGUCUCCACGCACAAGAGUCGCUGUGGAGAACCAGGACUGUCCCCCGAUUCUCACAGUGUCCUUUGCCUUGCUGGAGCGCGUUGGACAGCCGAGAUGGACGCCCCCUCCUGCACCCUUGUGGCCUCUGCUCUGGACUGUUUUCCAGGACGCAGCUGAAAUGGCCCAGAAGCUCUUUUUCCUCUUCCUGGUGGAGAAACGGUCCCGUCAGCCCCCUCUCCCAUCACAUGGACGAUGGGGAUGAUCCUCCCUCUCCUCACUGUUGCUCUUUCCUCCGUGUAACUCUGCCUGUAGUAAAGACUUUGCAUUGA